CAGUGAAAAACGUUUACGGGCCAGCAUAGAUAUGUGGUCAGUGGAGAUCUCCGUGAGAAGUAGGAUUCAAAAUGGCGGAAGAAGAGCAUUUACAAGACAAGGAGAAGGAGGCAUACAGCCCUUUUGCUAUUAUGAAUAACAAUAGUAUUAUUGAGUUUUGUCGGACRUCUCUGGCAGCCAUGGCAGGCAUAUCUGCAGGAAUAMUGGGUUUAACAGGUCUUAAAGGGUUUGUUUUCUACUUUGUUGCGUCAAUAUUAAUGUCUGUGUUCAUCUGUUGGAAAGCUGGUUCAAAAUGGUCCAAGUACUUUGUGUCRUGGUGGGAUCUUAGUACAUCAGGAAUUUUAGGUGGAAUUUUUACCUAUCUUUUAUUCUGGACGUUUUUGUACGGCAUGGUCCAUGUGUACUAGUAUUACUAUCAUAAGUACAG